UAUUGCGAAUAAUUAUACGAAAAUUUAUUUUAUUUAUUUAACGAUAGCGGACAUAUAAAUACCAGAUAAUUUUUAAAACAGCUAACAGUAUUCUUGAAUUAUAAACUUUAACGUUUCUUCUAAAGCUGAAUAUUAUUAACGAAAAUGAGCCUGAUCCAUUGUGUAGCUGUAUAUCUGAUAGCUGUUAUGCUGUCUUGCGUAAUGGUCAAUAAUGCUCAAGUCGCUCAGAGUGCUGAGGCUAAUGUCGCUUCCAAUUUGACCCAAGCGGCUGAUAACGGUACCAAUACAGCAAAUCAAACUACUAACGUCAGCCAAAACCUGACCAAUUCUCAAAUGGCUGCUGUACCAACUACUGCAAGUGCUCCUAGUGGGACCGAACCCUCGUUGAACAGUAGCAAUCCUACGGCUACAAUGAUGCCCACUGUCAGUCCUAUGAAUAAAAUGCUUGAGAACCCUAUGUCUGCUAUGACUGGGAACCCUAUGCUUGGUAUGGCUAUGAAUACUAUGUCUAAUAUGGUUAUGAAACCUGUGUGUGAUAUAAUGGGCUCAAUGAAAGAAAUGAUGGGCACCAUGUUAUAGACCAUGGGCAUAUGAAUUCCAAUGAACACGGCGAUAAAAACUAUAUGACAAAUCGUAGUGAUUAAUCUUAUUCAAAAGAUUAAUACAUUAUUUCAUAUUACUAUUGUUUAUGAAUUGAUUCAAGUAGUUUAUAUAUUAUACUGUGAAAAAUGAUUCUCACGAAUAAACAACUUUAAAUAAUUAGUAAA